UUGGCGGCGCCGCCAUGCUCCUCUCCAACAAACCGCAAGACGCCGGGCGAGCCAAAAUGCGGCUUGUCUACUCGCUUCGGACAAACCUGGCAGCCGACGACGAGGCCUACGAUUGCGUCUUUGUGACGGAGGACGGCGGCGGGGUCUACGGGGUCCGUCUCUGCCCUUCUCUAUGCACUGUUGCUGCCAACGCCGUGGCUAACAACUUAGCCAGGCUUGGCUCCUCAGUCCUUCCGUUGCGCGAGAAGCUGUACUACGCCUACAAUUGGCUCUCCAUAAAGACUUUCAAGAUGAAGGUGGAGCCUUAUGUUCCCAACUUCAAGCUGGCCUUCCACCAUUUCUGCAUCCAUCCUGGCGGGCGCUCCGUUAUCAGUGAAAUCGGGAAAGGCCUGAAGCUGAGUGACUACGAUCUGGAGGCUUCGCGCAUGUCGCUCUUUCGCUUCGGAAACACGUCCACGAGCGGCGUGUGGUACGAAAUGGCGUACCUGGAAGCGAAGAGGCGGCUCAAGGUGGGCGAGCGCGUGCUGCAGAUUGCGUUGGGGUCGGGGUUCAAAUGCAAUACCGCCGUUUGGGAAGUGCUGCGAGAUACGCACCCUUCCGAGACGAGCUGCUGGGAUGACUGCAUUCACAGGUAUCCCUGCAAUACUCGUUUAAAUUAUGCGGAUGACUACUGUGACCAGUGGUUACAUUGUGUCACCCCUACACAAUCUAUUUCGAACGACUUGGACACCAACACAACCUGA